AUGCCGACAAUCUCGAAGCCUGUGCCGAAGAGUGCGAGCAGCUUCUUCAAGAACAAGAUGCGCCCUGCCACUACAGGAUCGAAGCGUUCGUUCUCCACGGGGCUUGCUGCGAAUAUGCCACGGACAUGGCCGAGUGUUACCACGGAGCGAAAGGCAACCAAAGACCACUUCGCGGACCUCCAGGACUCCAUCGAUUCGUUGUACGACGUUUGGAAAGAGAAGGCUGAAGAAAGCGGAGUCGAGGAAGAAGACGAGUACGUCGAUGAAGAGCAGGUGUCGAUGGAUGCUGAGGCAGCUGACAAGGACGCUCCAGAGGUCGCUGAGGCGGCAAACGACAAAGACGCUCCGAGGCCGCUGAGAUAG